AUGCUUCUCAAAGAGUAUCGGAUAUGCAUGCCCUUAACAGUUGCCGAAUAUCGGAUAGCUCAGUUGUAUAUGAUUCAGAAAAAGUCUCGUGAAGAAAGUACGGGUCGUGGAAGUGGUGUAGAAAUAUUGAAAAACGAACCUUAUGAAAAUGGUCCUGGAGGAAAAGGUCAAUACACAUUUAAAAUUUAUCAUGUGGGUAGCCAUUUACCAACUUGGCUUCGUAAUAUACUACCAUCAUCCGCUCUACGUGUUGAAGAAGAGGCAUGGAACGCGUAUCCAUACACCAGAACAAUUUAUAAAGUUCCCUUUGUUGAAAAGUUGGUACUCGAUGUGGAAACAUAUUUUUUCGACGAUGCUGGGGAACAAGAUGAUGUUUUCAACCUUUCACCAGAUGAAAGAAAGGCACGUAUCAUUGAUUUUAUUGACAUCGUAAAAGAUCCAAUAACUGGAAGUGAUUAUAAACCAGAAGAAGAUCCUAGUAUUUAUGUAUCAGAAGCAACUGGUCGUGGUCCAUUGUCACCUAAUUGGCGUGAGGAAUUUAUUCAUGCUCAGCAAGUGACUCAUGAAACUUAUGAAAAACAACCAACUCGAACCCAUGAUAAUUCACCAGCUAUUGUUGAAAAUCUGAAGCCACUGCAUAAACGUAUUAUGUGUGCAUAUAAACUUUGUCGAGUAGAGUUUCGUUAUUGGGGUACACAAACACGAGUGGAACAGUUUAUCCAUGACACUGCACUUCGAAAAACUAUGCUAAGAGCACAUCGACAGGUAUGGGCGUGGCAAAAUGAAUGGUAUGGUCUUACAAUAGAGGAAAUUCGUCGUUUAGAAGAGGAAACAGCUCAAGCAUUAGCGUCCAAAAUGGCUGAUCCCAGCCAACCGCCAAAUAAUGACGGCGAGUUAUCUAAGCAAGUUCAAUCAACAACAUCAAGCAUCAAUGAAACUAUGAAUGCUAUUGAAGUGAAAUGUAAUCAGCCUGAUGAAAAUUGUGAAUCCGAUUCAAGCACAGCGACAUCGGAAAAAUUCGAUCUUCCAGUUAAUUCAACUGAUAUUGCAGAACAAAAUUUAUGGGCUGAUUUUAAGAAAUUAGAGGCGAACAAUUUUGAACUUGAUGAUUUUGAACCUUUUACAGCACCGUGUGCAGAAUCUGAUGAUGAUACUAGGUCAUUUGUUACAUGUUGUAGCGAUCUUACUGGGAAUACUGGUUAUGCUACCCCUCUUGCGUCAAAUUUUCAAAGUUUUGAUAUUCCAGGAAUAAAAUCUUGCUGUAACCAAAAACCUAUCUCUAGUAUUCAACAAAAUUGUGGUAAACUAGUCCUUAUAUUAGUGAUUCAUGGUGGUUGUAUACUUGACUCAACUUACGAUUUAACUACAAAACGUUCCGAUAUUUUAACUUUUCGAAAAACAAUCGAAACAGUAACAGCUAAUCACUAUCCAACAUUACAUAAUCGAAUAGCUGUAAAACUUGUACCGUGCCCUACAGAAAUCGGCGAUAUAUUCCGAUUAUUCUCCAAGUUGAAAGCUUCACCAGAUCCUACUAGGCCAAUUGAAACUCAAUUGUUACGUGAUUUAAUGCCUUUGGGGAGUAUUCCCUUAUUUUUGAUUAAUUCAUCUGGAUAUUCGCGAAUGUUGGAACAAUUAGCAUUUAAUUUGAACACUCAUUAUGCUGAGUUUUUACGUUCUCCUGAAGGAAUCCACUUUUCUGGCAAAGUUUGUAUAGUAGCUGACAGUGUUGGUUCAAUUUUGGCUCAUGAUCUUUUAACAAAACCUACUAAUCAUGAGUCAUUAUCGAAUAACAAUGAUACAAGUAUAACAGAUAUUGGAUUAAUGCGUCGUAAACAAUUUGGUAUUCAUAGUUUAAUACAGUCGGAUAAAGAAAUCAAAACCCCAACUUUAAUAAACAGCCCCAGUGAAGUCACUUUAUGCCCACCUGAAUCAAAUACUAGUCUAGGAGACGUUGAAUUGUCCAACCUUGAAAAUGAAGAAUCUAAAUCACAUAGUCGAAUGUCUUCUUUAGAUUUUCAAGUACAAAAUUUUUUCAUGUUGGGUUCACCAAUUGGUUUAAUUUUGGCUUAUCGUUAUCAACAAAAUCAAUUCACAUCGUCUAUUCCAUCAUCUAAUAAAACAAAUCAGCUAAUUACUAAUUCAUCUUAUAAUAUGGUUUAUCAUUUAUCACAAGAAAUUAAGUUGUCCGUGGGUCAAGCUUAUAAUCUUUUUCAUUUAACUGAUCCAUGUGGUUUUCGUAUUGAACCAUUGUUGGAUAAUCGUUUCAGCUGUAUAUCCCCAAUAUUCAUUCCCCAAUAUGCUCGUUAUCCACUUGGAGAUGGACAGUCAACAAAUCUAAUUGAAACCCUUAUACAGCAUGCUGAAUUAUUUUCUCCAAAUGUUUCAGAAAAAUCAUGCAAUUUAUCCGAUAGUAAUAAUUCUACGAUUAAUGAAAAUAAUGAUGGUACUGUAAAUGUGAAACGACAAUUAACAAAUCAACAGUUAAAUUGGGAAAAAAAGUCUAUUGUUGCACUUGAAGCAUUGAAAAAAGUUCAACAGUCAUGGUGGGGACCUAAAAGAGUUGAUUACAAUGUUCAUUGUCCAGAAGCAAUGCAAAAUAUUUUAGCUCGUGCACGUCCUUCAAUUUUGCAUGCAAGCUACUGGGAAUCAAAAGAUGUAGCAUCAUUUAUUAUACGACAGAUUCUAGAUACACUGGGACUAAGUGUUCUAGAAACAUCAUACUCAGCAGAUUUGUCUGAUGAAAUAGCUGUUACGGAACUGGCUAAAUUAUCAUUGAAUCCAAAUCAGAUAAAAUCACAAACCUAUGAGGUUAUGGAUGAUUCCAGUACACAAAUUUCACAGCAAUCAGAAAAAAGUAGUAGUAGCCAAUCGAGAUUCUCCAACCUCAGUCAUACUUUGUCAUUUGGACCUCGUAAUUUCUUGAAACGAACGUCAUCUGAACGAUUAAAGAACUUUAAAGCAAAUCAUCGAGCAAAUGAUGUAAUUACUACAACUGGAUCGACACCACUUAUCACAGGUCGAUUUGCUUUUGGUGGAUUGGAUUUGAUGAGUUUUUCUUCUGAAAAAAUCCGAGUUGAAAUUCAGUCUAUAAGUGGGUCGUGGUCAUAUGUAUGUACAGAAGUGACUGAUUCUUCUGGACGAAUCCGAUUCUAUUUGCCAGAACAAAUUCAUCUCCCGGAUGGACUAUAUCCUAUUAAAAUGACCGCUGAAUCUGAUCCUGAUCAUCCAGUAAUUAUUACAUUAGCUAUAGUACCUCCUCAAACUGAGGUAGUGGUAUUCAGUGUAGAUGGAAGUUUUGCAGCAAGUCUGUCUCUGAUGGGAAAAGAUCCGAAAGUUCAUCCUGGUGCUGUAGAUGUUGCUCGUCACUGGCAGGGAUUAGGAUAUUUAUUAAUCUAUUUAUCUGCACGACCAGAUAUGCAAAGACGUCGGGUUACAAAUUGGAUGGCAAAUCAUAAUUUUCCCUUUGGGAUGACUUUCUUCUUAAAUGGAUUAUAUUCAGAUCCACUGAAACAGAAGGCUCAUAUGUUAAAAACAGUUGUUGAAAAUGCCAAUUUACGAGUUCAUUGUGGUUAUGGAUCAGGUAAAGAUAUCAAUUUAUAUCGUUCUCUUGGUUUGUCAACCCAAAACAUCUUUCUAGUUGGCAAAGUCUCUCGAUCACAAGCAUCAAAUGGAACUCCAUUAUCACAAGGAUACUCGUCGCACUUAUCUUCGUUAAUCAAUGGUCAUACUUUAUCUAGACCUGCUGUCGGAUCAAUGAGUAUAGCGGUGCGUUGUUGUCCUUUUGAUUUACCGUCAGUUUAUCCUUCGUCACCGUUAUUAAUGGAGUCUAAUUUGCUUCGAAACAAUUCUCUCAAAUUUUCACCUGAAUUAAGCCAACGAUUAUUAUUUAGUGAUGAAAUAGAACAAAAUACAUUGUAA